GCAUCCAGCCGUCAGAUAAAACUUUGAGUACUGAGCCAGGAAGGCUAGACUGUAAGGUAGAGAGCACGCGGAAGUGGACUUACUUUCAAAGCUCUACAAAAAAAAAGGCAUGUGAAACUUAGAAGCAGGCUUCAGAGGAAGAGCGUUUGAUUAGAUUGCAGGCUUGAGCAGCAUAAGAUGCAGUGAGAGAAAGGGGGCAGAAUAAGAAGAAGAAGAGGAGGAGGAGGAGGAGGAGGUGGAAGAGGAGGAGGAGGAUGGAGAGAUCAGAAGCGGGUGGGAUGCUCCUGCGUAACGCGAGCGCUGUCCGUCCUUGAGCGCGCACGCAGGACGGAAACUAACCCGAAACACUACAGCUGAACAUGAUUUAAGAUUUAAAGAAUACACACACAGACACACACACAUAGACAUAUUACAUGGAAGAGGAUUUGUGCUGCAGAUUUACGCAGAGAAUUGCACCGCGUCGUGUUUAAGAGCUUCUGGGAAGGGAUUACGCAUUAUCUGAAGUUCAUUCCCGAUGAAAGAAGAGAUGUCUUGGUUUCAGUACGAGUUGAAAUCGUGGAACAGAGCACGCAGGUUCGGAGAGAUCUUCACGCAAGACAGAAAGUGGAAAUGAAGCAGCUCUAGCGCCGCUCGGAAAUCUGACAGACAUCAAUGUCGGAAAAUUUUACAGCGUGAGCAUCAAAAACCAUAUGGACUCUGAAGAUGAUUCCUGAUUCCUGGCGGAAUUCCCAUUAGUCGGCUACAGCAAACCUUUCAUAGUAGACGGAACCUGCCUCGCAUCCAGUUUCCAUCAAUGGGACACGUUUUUCAGGGACGCGAAAAGUGACUAGAGAUCUGAACCAGAUCCUGAGUUCUGAGGAAAGCACAAACAAUUUUUUUUUUAAAUGACAUUAAAUAUUCCAGAUUUAUUCUGGCUUCUGAAUAAAGCAUGAGUAAAGAAAACCAUAUGGACUUUAAACAGGUGAAGAGAUGUCUUCACCAGCUGUCGGAUUUCUGAGGCAAAUUUUCAGGUUUAUGAAUUCAGGAGGAAACUUUUUAGAAGUGACUUUUCAAUCCUGAAUCAGAGGAGAAUCCAAACCCACUUUCCCACAAGCUUAUUAACCGACAGACUUCACUUAGAAAGAAGAGAACUGAAUACACAGUGGAUGACCGCCCACCUAAUGAACUAUGAAAACGUCCUGGAGUCGAUGCUGACAGGCUCCACCCAUUUCACCUGUUUGCCCCACCCCCAACUCCCGGUCCUGGUCCAUCUUAGCGCUCCACACCAUGCUCCUCCCGGUCUGCCUGUUCCUCCACUGUGUGCUCAUUGCUCUGGGCCAGUAUGACAUCUGUAAGUCACUGGUAAGCACGGAUGAUGGUCCCACGUGGGAGUAUUAUGCGUGUCAGCCCCGACCCGCUGCCAUGAAGGACUUCAUGCAGAUCCGAGUGGAGCCGCCAGACAUCACGUGCGGAGAUCCACCUGAGCGCUUCUGCACCCUGGAAAAUCCAUACCUGUGUAGCGAUGAAUGUGACGCAUCCACCCCGGACCUGGCCCAUCCGCCACAGCUGAUGCAGGACCGUGAGCGCACUGGCCUCAUCACCUACUGGCAAACGGUGACAUGGAGCCGCUUUCCUGACCCGCUGCUGGCCAACAUCACGCUGUCAUGGAACAAGAGCCUGGAGGUGACAGACGACAUCGAGAUCACUUUUGAGUACGGCCGUCCCACCAUCAUGGUGCUGGAGAAGUCGAUGGACAAAGGGAGAACCUGGCAGCCAUACCAGUUUUACGCUGAUGACUGUUUGGAAGCAUUUGGUAUGCAGCCCAAGAAAGUGGAGAAUCUUUCAGCCACCAACGUGACUCGGGUCAUCUGCACCGAGCAGUACUCACGCUGGGUGGGCUCCAAGAAUGAAAAGAUUGUGCGCUUUGAGGUUCAGGACCGCUUUGCCAUUUUUGCAGGGUCCAGGUUGCACAACAUGGACAACUUGUACACGAGGAUGGAGAGCUUGAAAGGAUUGAGAGAUUUCUUCACGUUCACUGACUUAAAGCUUCGGCUGCUGAGGCCUGCGCUUGGAGGAACGUACGUGCAAAGGGACAACCUGCUCAAGUACUUCUAUGCCAUCUCUAAUAUUGAGGUCUUUGCCAGGUGUAAGUGUAACCUUCAUGCAGGACAUUGCACGUUCCGAGACGGCAGCCUCCAGUGUGACUGCGAGCACAACACCACAGGGCAGGACUGCGCUCGCUGCGAGCGAGGCUUCAAGGCCAAGUCAUGGAAACCUGGCUCGUACCUGCCCACUCCCAACGGAUCACCCAACACCUGUGAGGCGGCAGGAACACUCGGCAACUGUGAGUGCUACGGUCACUCAAACCGCUGCAGCUAUAUUGACUUUAUCAACAUUAUAACUUGUGUAAGCUGCAAGCACAACACUAGAGGGCAGAACUGCCAGCACUGUCGCCUCGGAUACUUCAGGAACGCUUCAGCCGAGCUGGAUGAUGAGAAUGUUUGCAUAGAGUGUAACUGCAAUCAGCUGGGCUCAUUACACGCUCGCUGCAACGAGACAGGUUUCUGUCAGUGUCGAGAAGGCACCACAGGCCAGAAGUGCGAAGACUGUCUGCCUGGAUACAACUGGAAGCAAGGCUGUGUCCCAAACAUCUGCGACGAUGAGCUUCUCCUCUGUGUGAAUGGUGGGACUUGUGUUCAGAACCAGAAGUGCAUUUGUCCGCCUGACUUCAAGGGCAUCCUGUGUGAGCAGGUGCGCUGCGAUGGUGAGAAAGGCUGCAACGGCAGUCCUGCGUGCUACCUCAGCCUCCUGACUGUGCUGCUCUGCUUGCUCGCCAACAGCGUGCUCAAAGCCAGUGCCUAGUGCUCUAGUGCUUGCCUCAGUCCUAAACCUCGGCCCUAAGCCUCAGUCCCGCUCUGUCAGCCAGCAUCGGACUGAACCACGCGGACAGAGGAGGGGUCACUGCAGCCCUGAGUGGGCAUCACGGUGCUGAGAUCUUCUGGGCCGGAGUAUGUUUUUAGGGCAGCGCACAGUCCCAGGUUAUAGUCGCCUUCACACAGAUGAGAAGCUGCUUGCUCAUCUCCUUGCAUCCCUGAACACCCGAGCAGAGAGAAGUACGAACUUUGAAAUAAACAAAUCACUCUAAAGAAAAGUGUGUAUAUUAUAUAUAGAAGAUACAUAUAUAAUUCUUGUUUUUUUUCUUUGUUGGUCACUCUUGUAGUUGUGAGUUGUCACUAAGCUCACUGAGAUUCAGGCACUGCACUUAUCUGGGGUUUCUGAACAGCGCCGUUUAUUACUCAAGGCUUCUCAGGCCAAGGUUAUUUCCAAUUCUUCGGAAAAAUUUCUUUAUAAAACAUUUUGCUUUGGUGUCUGUUUUCAUGCAGUUGACCUGAAUAGACAUGAUGAGAAGGUGUUAAGUGUCUGUGCUGCUAACGGGGAGAAUAUCGGUGUAGUUUGUGUUCGAGAUUUGUAUGGAAGUUUGUUUAUGUAUGGAAUCCAGAAGGAGGUAAGUAUUAAUAUAUAUAUAUAUUAUGCCCAAAUUGGAAAAUCUUUAUCUAUAUCUAUCUGAAAGAAAAAGUAUACAUUACUGUAAAUGAAUUGAAUGUUCAUUUAUUAUUUUUAUGUAGAAAUUAUUUUUGUUCCGAGUAAAUGUUAUAUAACAAAGAUAUAACAAAGCCUUUUAUUGCAGUUCAAACUGAAAUGAUUACAUAACAACAGACCAUUUAUUUCAUAUCAUGAUACUUCUGAUGCUUUGGAAUGUUCCUCCACUUCUAUAGUUAUAUAGCAUAUAAAGGAAAAUACAAGCUAACCUAGCUUUAGCUCCAUUUAAGCCUCACACAUGGAUGCCAGCAUGCAUAGAUCAUGUACACCUGGUUCUCCUGAUAAACUUUUAAGGGACGUCCUCAGUCCAGCCAUCAAUGUUUGAUUGGUGACAUCACUGCUGUAGCCAAAAAAGUCAAAAGCCAAAAGAAGUAUAACCAACUACAUAAAGAUCAAUUGACAAAUUAAUAACAGCAACAUGACAUAUGUUAACAUUUAAAGAUGUGCUAAGAUACGUGCUGAGAUUGUUGAUUGGUUGGUUGAGAAAAGGCCCUCAGUCUUUUGCCAUGGUUAACUUUACAUCAUAAACCAAAAGUGUGAUACAGUUUUCAUCCCAGUCAAUGUCAGUCUAUAUCACUGUGGUUACAAAGUGAAUUAGAGUAUUACAAUGUGUUAGUGACACGUGCACCAAGUUGGGCUGCUGUAAGUGAAGGUAAACAGAAGUUGUUGUAUUUUCACACCUUUCCAGGCUUUGCUUUUGGGCUUUCCUGAUCAUGAUGGAACAACUAGCUGACUGAAAGUGUACUGUCAGCAUUCCAAAGAAUAAAAUCUUGACAAUCAGAAAGCACACAUCAAGUGGUG